GGCCAGGAUAUUUGGGACGGAUUCCGAUACCGCAUCAUGUUUCGUGGAAUUUGCUCGUGUACGGACGUGAUCGCCCAAAGAAAAGUACACACGUGUUGGCCUACACUCUCUGACUUUCAGAGGACUGCAACGGUCGGUUGUGGAAGAUGUUGGUUCAUUGUGCAGAGUAUCGCCUUGUUCCAUGCGAGGUUUACUGGGAUAGAUCCUGGGCGAAUUCAGGUGCACAUUAGAGGGACUGGUCGUCUCAAGUAUCAAGGCGAUUUUUCUAGGAUCCGAGUCAGAUGGCUCCUAGAUGGCUCGAUUCCAACUUUGGAACCAUAUGCGGCUCAACUGCGCCAGGACUAUGGCAGCAUUGAUCUCGAGCUGUAUGCGGACGAAGGUUAUACGAUGGAUCGUCGCCUAUUCCGUCGGACACUACCGCCCAUUAGGUCUGACAAUGAUGUCUGUUUUGACAUGAUCAAACACUGGAUUGAUGAGUGCAUUCGGGAGCACGGGUGUGGACUUGUUAUGACUGAGAGAGGACUCCCUACGCGGCUGGUGGAUGUGAGUCCUGACGGCCGGACUGAAAGUAUUAGGCUCGUCAUCGGUUCAGAAAUCACGAGCAACGACACGCAAUUUGCGGCACUUAGCCACUGCUGGGGCGACAAAAGCCAUCGAGUCAAGGCAGUCCCAAAGACAAAGAUUGACACAUUACACCGACACCUGCACAGGAUCGAAUGGGAGGAUCUGACACCAACAUUUCGCGAUACCAUCGCCGUUGUUCGUCGGCUUGGGCUGAAGUACGUCUGGAUCGACUCGCUCUGCAUCGUGCAGGACGACCCAGCAGACUUUGCGCGAGAGGCGGCGCGCAUGGCAUUGGUCUAUAGCCAGGCACACGUCGUCAUUGCUGCAACCAGAGGGAGCACCGGGGAUGCGGGACUCUUCCACGAUCGACGAGGGGCGCAAAGAAUAACCAUACACGACACUCACCCACGCAAGAGGUCUUACCUUCAUGUAAAUGAGGCCAUUCCCCACGAUGCUUUCUUGACAAAUGAUCCCUAUCGUUUCAACACAACGCCAUUGUUCGAACGAGCCUGGUGCUUCCAGGAGCGACUUCUUGGAAGAAGAGUGGUACACUUUUCAGCUGAGGAGAUUGUUUUUGAGUGUGGAGAAAAUCUUGAUUGUGAGUGCAGGUAUAUCAGAUCUCAAGGUGUUUCAGGGACGUUCAAGACCAAAACGCUGAAAUCUCUUCGACGCGUUGUGACUCUCACUUCCCGGGUUGAGCUGUGGUAUUCUGUGGUGGAGCCAUACUCUGCAUGCGCACUACACGACGAGAGGGAUAGGCUACCGGCCCUGUCUGGGUUUGCUGGACUGGUUGCUUCGACUGAGCUGGGCGAGUAUUGCGCCGGGCUCUGGAGACAUGAAUUCCCAUCAGGGCUGCUGUGGCGUGUAGUUCGAGCGGCCCCCGGAGAGAGCCAGACCCACCGUCCUGAGAAAUACUGUGGUCCGUCGUGGUCGUGGAUCGCUGUACGUGGCCGAAUUGAAGCCCACAUUGGCUGGCACUAUGCGAACGAAGUCGUUGCAGAAAUGUUGGAUGUCCAAACCAUUCCGACCAGCCGCGAAGAUCGCUUUGGAGCUGUAGAUGCGGCCUUCCUGAUCCUUAUAGGACCCGCGGUUCAUGUCAUUCUUCAACAAGAAAGCUCUGGACACCAGCAAACACGAGAUUGUUUCAUGAGUCUAGCUCACAAAUUCAAGGACUCGGGCGAGAACCACACGGCCGCUGGCGAUGACCAGAAUCCCGAACGUGCCCACAGCGGUGGACCCAACUCUCACAGUACCAGUAGACAACCUUUCCAACUAGAUGUGCCUGCGGCGGUCGACGGCCAGCAGGCAGUGUGCAUUGCAAUUGAAAGAUGGCACCCCCGAAUAAACAGUGGACGGGGAACAUGCCUCGUGCUCCAAGCGGUUCCGGGCGAAGCAACAUACUCUCGUCUUGGAGUGUCAUUCUGUCCCGCUUCAUGGUUCCAGGCAGCACGGCGGAUGGAGGUCAAGAUUGUCUGA